AUGUUAGUGUCAGUACACGGUGAUGGUGAGUUUGGUCCUGAUUUGCCACAACAAGAGCUCCUUUUAAAUCCAUAUUCCUCUGAUGGUCCUGGCAAUCCACCUGUUCCCAAUUACCAUGGCAUUCCUUCUAACAAUAAUCACAUUACCAAUAAACCUGGUUAA